AUGUUCUGCAGUCAUAACAAGGCUCGGUUUUUGGUCAUGACCCCUCGAUAUCAAGGAGCUCUGGCACUGCCGUCGACUAACUCAGUGGACGAUUGGCGAGCCGUCACCCCAGGGGCUGGCUCAUACUUCAACGCUUGCGAUAUCGAGGAGCCCAGAUGGCAGCAUGCGUUCUUCGGCACCAACUAUGAGAGGCUCUUGGCAAUCAAGCGGGAGACCGGCCCCUGGGGCGUCUUUUAUGCUCCGACGAUGGUGUGUAGCGCGGAUUGGGUCAUCGCGAUCUCGGAGGGUGAGGGUUUUCCGGCGCAGAAUUGGCGUCUGUGCUCUUCUUCUAUGAUGUAUGCUACUUCGCCUUGA